AUGCGUUUCCUAAGCACCUUCAUUCUAGUUGGCCUCACAGCCAGCGUCUCUGCAAUACCCGUCGCGCUGCCUCCGGGCUUCUUUCACCCCCCUGUUCAUGCUUUCAAGGACGAGACUUCAGUCGAAUCCAUGGACGCUGAACCCAUCGAAGCCAGGAGCGGCAUCACCGUUGACAAGGUCGACGUGGCGUCUACCCUCAAUGCCAGAAGUGAGGACGCAAUGAACUUCAUGGACUCAGAGCCAAUCAUCAACGCCAGGAAUGAGGAGUCUGUCGAUGACUUCAUUGAUACAAAGCCACGCAUCCAAGCCCGGAGCGAAAGCAACAUGGACCUCACGGAUUCAGAGCCGCAGAUUGAAGCCAGGAGUGGGGAAUCCGUCGACUUUGUGAACCCGGCCCCCGAGCCAUACAUCCAGCCCAGGAGCGAGGAGGUUGUCGACUUUUCUUGGACGUCUGAGCCAGUCUUCGACGCUGUCGGGCUAGAGACCAAGAUCAAGGCCAGGAGUGAGACCAUGGUUGAAGCCGUCGACUCAGCAGAAGGCGUGGCACAGGGAAACGAAGAACCCCGCAUCCAAGCAAGAGGCGACACCUCUGCCGACUGGGUCGAUCCUGAUUAUCGACCCCCUCUGGGACCAGCAGACGAGUGGAAGUACCAAGACAACCUCAGAAAGCUUCAUGCCAACGAUUGUGGGGUAGACUGCCACCGAUCCAUCAACUCAUACCAAUCACGCGUCUCGCGUGCCAACCGCGCUAACAAGGGAAUCUACGACGGCCAUGACUUCCAAUACGACUACCGCAACAAGAAGGACGUUCCUAAGUAUCCAAAGUAUGACCUCACAACCGUCCAGAGGAACGUGGCUGGACACAGCCCAAACACAUACGACCACCAUCCAACAACGUAUGACCACCACGACUACAACGGCUACACGAGGUCCUCUCGCGCUUCAAGAGGUGAACACAAUACACCCGCCGACGACUGGAAGUACCGCGACAACCUCGUCAAGCAACAGACCCAUGACUGCGGUGUGAACUGUCACAGGUCUAUCAACUCAUAUCAGUCGGUGGCGUCCAAGGACUCGCGGCUGUCUCGAGAAGCUCGGGAACGCAAUGGCUACUACGACCAUCACAACAAUGGCGGCUACCAUCCUAACACGUAUGAUCACCACAGCGUCGGCAACGGCUACCACCCCACUACGUAUGAUCACCACACUGGUCCCGUCACUUACGAUCGUCAUAAUGGCGGUAACAACCAUGGACUGUCGAGAGCUGAGAGGGGAGUGCACAACACGAAGCAAGAUUAUAUCAACCACGAGUUGAAUCACAUAAAGGAAGACAAACACCAAUGCGGAAUUAAUUGCCAGAGGUCCGAUGCCUCCUUCCACUCGGUAGCCUCUGCGGACCACAAACGGUCGCAACAGUCGAAGCUCGCACAUGGCGGCAGCUACCAUGGCCACUGA